AUGUUAUCAUCAAUGCUGAAAGAACAUCAAGUAAAACAGGCUAAAUUAAAAGAGUUGCAGGAGCACAAAAGAAAAGAAGCAAUCGGAGCAGCAAAUAAUUUAACUCAAGCAUUAAUUGAUCACCUUAAUGUCGGAGUGGCUCAAGCUUAUUUAAAUCAAAAAAAACUAGAUGGUGAAGCUAAACAAUUGUAUUUAAGCGCUGUAAAAUUUUCAAAACAAACUCAACAAUGGUUAUCGUUAGUUGAAAGUUUUAGUAAUUCUCUUAAAGAAAUAGGCGACAUAGAAAAUUGGUCAAAAACUAUAGAAAAUGAUAUGAAAAUUAUAACAACUGCUUUAGAAUGUGCUUAUAAAACAUAA